AGCAACAUCUGGAAGAGCCGAACACACACCAGAAACACAGAUUAUCCAUAAACAAAAGAGGCUGUUUUCACUGUCAUUUAUGAAUCUGCAGCAAGAAAAAUGUAAACGUGAGGAAGAUUCAAGUCUAGACACAGGAGAGUUGGUCAAAUUGUGCCACAGAGUGAACGGAGGAAGGACAGAAUAAUUAAGUAUCACAGCUGAAAUUUUUCUUUUCAGUAGUCUCAGUUUUCAAAUCUGCCUUAAAGAGAAAUGCAUUAAAAUGUAUUUGUCCUAUGACAAAAUUACAGACAGCUCAGUGUAAAAGUCUGUACGGGGCGAGUCCCAUCUGUUCUAAAGGGAACAUGUGAGAGCAGUGUUUCGGGGACAAACGGUGCAGUUUUGUAAUAUUCAAAUAAGGGUGGUUUUUGAAAACACCUCCCAGGGGAUACACGCUGAGAAGAUUAUGAUCUAAAAGUUGAAGAAACAUACUUGCAAAGCCGAUAUCUGUGUUUAUGUCGGUAUUGAAGUGGGUGUGAUCUAAACCUGAAGAAAUAUUUUAAUAAACCUGCCUGAAAUAUUAGGGAAAAAAACAACCAGAUUUACAGACUCGAUGGCUCCCAAAGAAGUUAAGAACAAGGGCGUGAAAUCUCUCAAGGAAGUCCAGACCGUCACUGAGGGUCUGAAGUUUCUCUACCGUCAGAAGCUGCUUCCUCUGGAAAAGUAUAACGGCUUCUCAGACUUUCAUUCUCCCAGUCUGGAAGAUGCAGACUUUGACAAUAAGCCUAUGAUCCUUGUUGUGGGUCAGUGUUCGACGGGGAAGACCACUUUCAUUAGGUAUCUUCUUGAACAAGACUACCCAGGAUGUAGAACCGGACCUGAACCUACAACCGACUGUUUCACUGCUCUCAUGCACCGCGAUGUUGAGGGGGUGAUCCCAGGCAAUGCUCUGGUUAUGGACACCAACAAACCUUUCCGCAAGCUAAAUUUUUUUGGCAACACCUUCCUCAACCGGUUCCAGUGUGUGCAUUUUCCAAACCAGGUCCUGGAAAGCAUCAGCAUUAUUGACACACCAGGAAUUUUGUCCAGCACUAAGAAAAGACUGAGCAGAGGCUACGAUUUCCCCGCAGUCUUGCGCUGGUUUGCUGAGCAUGUGGACCUCAUCAUCCUCCUGUGCGAUGCCCACAAACUGGAGCUCUCGGAUGAGUUCUCACGAUCCAUCGUGGCGCUACGGGGGUACGAAGACAAGCUGCGUGUGCUGCUCAACAAGGCCGACAUGGUGGAUUCGCAGCAGCUCAUGCGGGUUUACGGGGCACUGAUGUGGUCACUGGGUAAAGUCAUAUGCACCCCGGAGGUCCUGAGGGUCUACAUCGGGUCCUUUUGGUCGGCGCCGUUCAGGACGACCGAGAACCGCGUGCUGUUCGAGCUAGAGGAAGAAGAUCUGUUUAACGAGAUCCAAAACCUGCCUCGCAAUUCUGCCUUGAGAAAACUUAACGACUUGGUAAAGAGGGCACGACUUGUGCGGACCCAUUCUUACAUCGUCAGCUUUCUGAAAGAGGAAAUGCCAAUGUUUCGUCGAAAUAACAAAAAACGUGACCUGAUUUAUGAUCUUCCGGUCAUUUUCUCGAGGAUCCAACAGCGGCAUCAGAUCCCAGCUGGAGAUUUUCCUGAUUGUGCAAAGAUGCAGGAGCGACUCAUGGAUUGUGACUUCACCAAGUUUAAAUCCAUCAAACCCAAACUCAUAGCAGGUCUGGAUGAGCUGCUGACAAGCGACAUCGCCAAGCUGAUGCCGCUCCUGCGCCAAGAGGAACUUGCUGCAGCUGAGCAGCCCGGUGUCCAAGGCGGUAUACUAGUAACGAACAGAGGCCCGUUUUUCGAAGGGAACCCGUUCUAUUAUUCAGGGUCCAAUGAAGAGUGCGAGGAGGUCCCUGAAGAUGCAUGGGUGGUUGCCAAAGACAAACCGAAAUAUGAUGAGAUCUUCUACAACCUGUCUCCUCAGGAUGGCAAGCUCAAUGGGAUGAAAGUGAAGGACUGGAUGACCAGCACUCGGUUGCCCAACUCGGUCCUGAACCGAGUUUGGAAGCUGUCCGAUGUGGACGGAGACGGCAUGCUCGACGAUGAAGAGUUUGCUUUAGCCAGCCACCUUAUCGAGGUGAAAUUAGAAGGCUUCGGGCUUCCGGCCAAGCUUCCUGCUGACCUGGUGCCGCCGUCUAAAAGGAGACGCAAAACGUCGAGCGCAGGGAAGACUGGUGCGGAGAUGUAGACCCUUUGUCUGUAAAUUCGAAUGAUAAUUUGAGCAGAUGAAAGAUGACUCAGCAAGAUUUACUUGUGAUUAAUGGGAUAAAAAAAAUCGACUCUUAUCUAUGUAUAAAACACUUUAUCAAAUAAUCCUCCAGUACAGCAAUUCUUAAAUAUCCUUAAGGAAUUUUUAAAAUAUUUUUCUUUCUAAACACCCAACCACAGACCUUUAACCAGAUGUGUUAUAUAAAAAUAUUAUAAAAUCAUAUCAUGUUAAAUGUCAUAUUUUCUCAUUUUAUUAAUAUCAUAGAUUAAUGUUAUUAUUAUCUGCUUUCAUGUGUCUCAGCAGGUGAUAAGCUUAUUACUACAGUAAUAAAAUGUUAAUAACCAUCAUCAUCAUCAUCAUCAUCAUCAUCAUGUCAUUAAGGAAAUGAAUGUAAUGAAACUUCAUUGGGGUCUGAGAGAGUUGAUAACAGUGAUAUAAAAUAUAAUAAAAUAAGAUAAACAAG